AUGAAGCAGCAACAGACUUGGAGGAUCGAUUGAAACGCACAGCCAGUGAAGAGAUGGCCAAUGCCGCAAAGAUGCGGGAAAAGGAGUUUCAAGAUCUGCUCGAGGUCGAAUAUAGAAAGCGUCUGGCCGCCUUUGGGUUUACUCACGAACAGAUUGAUGCAAUGAUCGACCCGGAGAGAGCGAAAAAUCAGGAGCCACCAGCUACUUCAAGCUCAUAUGCGCGGCGGAUACCUACAUAUUCCAAAAUACACCGAGACUUUCUCGAUGUUUGUACUUUGAAGUAUUAUGAUAUACCGUAUCAAAACGACAUUGAUACGAAUUACUUCCUCAUACUCCAGGAUUUGAACAAUUAUGAGUGUAAAGUCCUUUUCGAGCACACUAGGCGCCUUCGUCAACAGGAAGCACCACAGAAGCCCGAAACCGGCAUGGCGGACUGCGAAAUAGAAGGAAAUCGCUCGGGGGGUGAAAGGCACGGUCGAUCUUCGCGAGACGCUGACCCGCGGAGUGACAUUUCUUGCAGAAACACUAGUCAAACAAGAGUAGAGACAAACAGAGCCACCGCGCGUGGACCUGGAUCGAUCCGUCUAGCAUCAGCCCCGGAGGUGCAGGAAGCUGACCAUACUCAUUCUUACCAACUGAUCGACCCCGAGCUCCGUGUACCACCAUUCUUGGCGUGGCCUACUACGUACGACCAUGAAAGAAGCGAAGUGGGCUUCCGACCGCACAACGAGGUUGCAUCUCAAAUGGAGUUUGAUGGUGUACUGGUACAGAUUACCCUGCGUAUCAUUGAUAAGCGAAUCUACCAAGUCCGCCAGGGCUUGAAAGCAGACUCCUAUGCCGCAUCCCUUGUCCUAUGGGAAAAGGGCAAUCACCAAAUGACCAUUCCUGCUGAUUCUAUUCCUAGAAAAAAGAUUAGCGACCUCGAUCUCAAAUUUGA